UACCAGCGCGGAAUUGCUAAUUGGACGAUGCCGACAGUUCGUUAUCGUUCGCAAUAUUACGGAUACAGUUUUCUGGUCACAUGGGAAAGGCGGGACGAAAGAACAAUAGCGGAGCCAACGAAGGACGGUGUAGUAAAGUAUAACAGCGCAGAGCCCAAGCGAGCGCAGUCUGGCACUGUAGAGGCAGAGGUACAGACCUGGCUAUCUUAUCAAUGAACUCGAUCAGCCUCCGUCCGAUAGAAACGAGAGACAGUAUCGCAUAUGCAGAGAUGCUGUUAGGAGUCUGACAGUGUGUACUCCUUUGAAUCGCCACCCUUUAGCAGCACUUCCAGCAGGAGGAUCAUAAUCGUCUAGGGCAGGCUGUCAGCAAACACUUGUUGCUGCAGCGCGGAACUUUAUCUGUUGCACUCUAAACCUGGUGUAUCUCGGCUCCGCCCACAGGCAGUCACCCCAGAGUGUAGUGUCCGCAGCGGAAGCAGGUGGCAGUCAUGGAGAUUGUGGAGGACGGCUACAUUACAACACUGGAUGGAGAUGCGCUCCGACACGCGGCAGAGGUACUCAAUGAGGCAGAAGAUCGUCUGCCCGAAGAAGUGGCCAAGGUGCGCGCCUGGCUACUCACGCAGCCUCACCUCAACGCUCACACUGAUGCGAUGCACAUAGUAAGGUUCUUGCGAGGAUGCAAAUAUGACCAUGAGAAGACACGUCGAAAAAUAACGAACUUCUAUGGAAUGCGUGGCAGGUGUACAGAAUGGUUUGAUAACCGCUGCCCCACACUUCGCCAAAUACAGGAUAUGCUGGAUAUGGGUGUUUUCCUACCACUGAGAAAGCACAAUGAGCAUCACAACACUGUGGUAAUCAUUCGUGCUGCAGUUCACAACCCAGCAAAGCAUCGCCAGGAUGAUGUGUUCAAGACAGGGAUGAUGGUUCUUGACCGUGCUUUAGAGAUGGAUGAGACCAUUUCUGUGUAUGGUGUUAUUGCCAUCAUAGAUCUAGCUGGAAUUGGUGUUGGUCAUGCCAGACAACUAACUAUAAAGAUCAUACGAAAUGCUGUUCAUGCAUGGCAGGACUGCUAUCCAGUACGAAUCCGGCGACUCGACUUCAUCAAUGCUCCUGUAUAUGUAAAUGUUGUUCUGAAUACAUUCCGUAGAUUCAUGCGUGAAAAACUUCGAAACAGGGUCCACGUCCACUAUGGCUCUUUGGAUGCACUGUAUGAAGAGGUGAGCCCUACUAUCCUGCCUCAUGAAUAUGGAGGUACUGAUGGGUCCUUGCAGGAACUGAAAGAAUAUUGGAAGUGUGAACUGAUGGAAAACCAAGACUGGUUUGUUCAGGAUGAAAAACACAAGGCCACCAAAAUCAAGUGAAGCUCCCAUGAACACCAAUCUUCAAUGCAAGAUUUCAGAGAAACUGCUUACUGAAGAGUUCAGAGUGAAGAGGGGCGAGUUGAAAAUACUAGUACCUGCAGUUUUAUCAUUUGAGCACCACUCACAACUAAUGCAACACCUUGUGAUAUAGGAUCUGAUAAAAGUAACAAGACUUGUCCAGAUCUCAAAUAUUAUCACUACUGAAAAGUAAUUUCCAGUGGACAGUUAUUGCAAAUGAUAUUGUAGUAGUGAUAUGUCACACACAUUGCCAAGCUUUCAAUGAAGUACUGGUGAUGUUUUUACACUGGCAUUAAGUCAUAGUAAAAAGCAAAAAAAAAAACAUAAAAAUGUCUGUGCCAGCAGCAGUCCUUGUGAUCUCAUAGUGGUUAGACUUGUCUGUUCGUGCUAACAUGAAACAAUUUAUGCUGUAAUUAUUUAUCAGCUUGUGCCUUUUCUAAGGUUAUUACCAUUAAAUUAUAAUGAUCUUUUUGACAAA